AUGAGUGAUGAGAAAAUAAAACAAUUGCAAGAGAUGGGAUUUUCCCAAGAACAAGCAGCUAAUGCAUUGAAAGCUUCCAAUAACGUCCUAGAAGUAGCAAUUGCCCAUUUAUUCGGAGAACCAGUUGAACCGUCACAGGAAAAUAAAGAGAACACCCAGUUAGUUCCAUACAACGAAACCGAUACUGUUCCAAUAUCAAAUCCUCUAGAUAUACCAAAAUUCCCAUCAUAUAGAGACACUCCAACAAGUAGCAAUGGUGGAUGGAGUGAAAUACAAGAUGAUGAAUUGAUUGAGAAUUAUGAAGAUGACGAUCUUGUCGACCAAUGGACAAAUAAUUCCAAACAAACAUCACCAGAAACCAUUUUUGAUUACCCACUAGCAUUCACGAGACUGAAAGAAAUGCCACCUUGUGUGUUACCAAAGGUUACAGGUACAUUGCAAAGUUGUUUGAUUUCGUUGGUUGUUACCUUAUCACAGAUUGGUGAGUUGAGAAAUGCCUUUUUCAGUGAAGAAUUUGACUACGGGUUUGAUGAAAAUUGGUAUACCCCGAACACUGAAUUGACUAUAGACACCCCUGAAAAAUAUAAGGAUAAUUCAUUGUACAGAUUUUUUGUGGAGAUCCAACGAAUAUUUGGUUUUUUGUCACCAGCUAGUAAUCGUUCUUUUAUAAGUGGACAAAAUUUGUUUAAAUCCUUACCAGAUGAUUUUGCCGACGAUGAUGAUGAUUGGGAAGAUGUCAUUAAAAAAGUUCAAAAGUAUAUAUCUCUUGGGUCGCAAAGUAUUUUGGGCAGAGAUUUGGCACCUUUCUUCUUGAGUCAAGUGGAAUGCAAUGGUGAAGAAACGACAGACUUGACAAUUUUACAGAUAGACUAUGAAGUGAGGGGUCUGAAUCUUCAAGAAAGCUUGAACUCUUUGAUUUGGAAUUCUGAGCUAAAUCCAGUAUUCACAAAAUUGGGGCAGUUGUUGACUAUACAGAUGUUUGGUGACGAUGAUGAUGGGUUUCAAGCACAGUCAUUUGAGAUACCUGAAUAUUUUUAUCCUGGCAUAUUUUCUGCUACUUAUCAAGAAAUAAUUGAAAAGAUGAACCAAAAGAAAUUGAAUGCUACAAAAGAAAGAUCAGGUAUAACCACCAAAUUGUUGGGGUUUAGUUCAUUUGAAGGUAAAAAAAUAAAGAAAAUCCUUCAAAGUAGUAUUGAUUAUUUGGCAACAACAGACUCAAAAGAGGCACACGAUGAUCUAAAGAGACUUUCAGAAAAGGUGCAAGACGAAUCUUUGGCUUUGAAUGAUCGAUUAAAGUUUGUUAACCAGGAAUAUCUAAAGAUGGAUGUGAAGAAUCCCGAUAAUAUACUUGAGAUGAUAGAGAGGGAAGGCUUACCUCGUCCUGAAAGGUAUUACUUAACUGGUGUGAUUAUAUCAGAUACCGAGUAUAUAUAUCGAGCAAAGAAUUUGACCACAACAGAUUUCGAAAAAGAAGAUUGGCUAUACAUUGUCAUUGAUCUGGGUCAAAAUAAUAAGGUUCUGGAGUACCGCACUGAAACAAUGAGCUUCGAUGCUCUUCAAUCAUUUAUCUUGGAGGAAACUAAGCUUAAUAGGAGACAGUUGAUAUUAAAUUAUGUUGCUGAAAGUUCACUUAAAGAUCUGGUAAAAUUACCUGAGAAAUUAGUUGAAUUCUUUGAUAAAGAUAACCAAUUGUUAGUUGAACAAGUGAAUGAGUUUAAUGAAAGCAAUAAGGAACACCAAGCAGAAGUUUCAAAUGAUUCAUCUGCGGAAGAAUCUUUACUUGUGUCUCACACAGAAACUCAAUCGCUUUAA